GGUUGAUCGAUCGACUAACAAGCUUCGCGUCGGUAUAGCCUUAAGCGGAAAUCGCUAGCAACCGCGAAUUGAUUCACAGGUGAAAGGAAGGCUACGAGUGUUACAGUUUCCUUAAAAAUAUCAGAUCGCCGUGAACAUCGUCCUUUCGUCAUUUUUGCUCGAUCCAAACGUUUUUUUAUAAUCCGUCGAACAGACAGUACCUACACGCUGAGUGACAUCUCGAACGAUCGUUGUGCGGCUUCCAGUGACGCUUUGGGAGCGGAAACUGACGAGUCAAUAUCGCGUCAACAAGUGAAUGUCAUAUUAAUAUCUUUUUCAGAAAAUCGCCACUCUUCGAAUAUCACGUAACUUAUAUAAACGCGCGAAAGAUUCACCGUAACGUGACUUCAUCUGCAUUCUCAUUAAAAACGAAUAUUCUCAAAAAUGACCAACAGCCCCAACAAUCGCAAAGGAUUCACUUGAAUCUUGAGUAAAGAAAAUUCUCGUUUUCCCCUCAAUACUGUUAGUCUACUUAUUUGGAAGAAAAUGGAUCGGGACGAGGAGCGAUUUCCCUUAUUGGAGAGGAAGCUAAGCGCUUCGACAAAAGCCGCAUACGCCUUGGGUCAUAUUUUUAACGACUUGACAGCUGCCAUGUGGUUCUCUUACACCCUUAUCUACUUUCAGAGGGUAGCCCUGUUGGAACCUAUAACUGCUGGAGCCCUACUACUUCUAGGUCAAAUCGUGGACGCGUUCGUGACGCCAAUAUUCGGGCUGUUGGUCGACCGCUACCUGAAAAAGAAGAUAUGGCACAUCAUUGGCUCGUUCAUGGUUACCAUGACGUUUCCAGUGAUCUUCGGUGGUUUCGCAGAACCGUCAAACACAGCCGUUAUGCUUAUCUACGUGGUCAGCAUCACCGUGUUUCAAAUUGGUUGGGCAGCUGUACAGAUCUCCCAUUUGUCCAUGAUUCCAUCGUUGACGAACUCGCUACUGACACGGGCAGAUCUAACCGCGAUACGAUAUUCCGCCCAGGUUGGCGCAGCUGUGGUGGUAUUCGUCGUCACCUGGAUAGUGUUACCAACGAACGAGGAAGCAGUGAUUCGAUUAACCCAACAAGACAGUUAUAAAUUCCGAAACAUAGUGCUUACUCUAACGAGCAUCGGUCUAGUGUCUACCGUACUGUUCCACGUAUUUCUGAAAGGGAAUCUUUUGGAGACAUACGAUCAACAGAAAGAGAAUAUCGAGGAAACAAGGAGGCUGGUCGAUAAUCCCGUAAACAAUCGAACCUCAUGGGUCAGUACCACGAUUCUUCUAAGAGUGGCUAUGCUCUACGUGGCCAGCAGGCUAUUUAUUACACUAGCCACUGUAUAUUUACCUCUGUACAUCGAAGAAACAGAUGUCGAUGGAAAAGAAGCACUGGCCACGGUACCUUUGGUUUCAUACGUGUCUUCCUUUGUCGCCGCAUUGUUGUUAAAAUAUAUAAACAAAUCGUGCGGUACCAAGAUGUGCUAUUUUUUGGGCAUCCUUAUUGGGAUGCUUUCCGCGGUUGUCACGGAAUUCGCUGGAAAGUCAGCGCCGAUCAUAUACUUCGUGGCGGUGUUGAUCGGUAGCGCAAGUUCGAUCACGAUGGUCACAUCGUUGAGCGUGACGGCGGAAAUAAUCGGGCCGCGAACCGAGCGAAGCGCGGUCGUCUAUUCGAUCGUCACGUUUCUUGAUAAGGUUGUCACAGGAUUGGUCGUGAUUCUAAUCGAGAAAUGGAGGUGCACGGAACCUGCGCUCUGCCCGAAUUACAAUAGAGACACUCUGGCCCUGGUUUGCGUCCUUUCGAUGUCUCUAGGACUCGUUGCUUUGUUCUCAAUAUCGCGAUGUCUAUCUUAGGAACCUUAACUCUUUAUUAUUAGUUAUCAUUCUCAUGGGACUCAUUCCUUGCAACCAUCAAUCGCGUCAUUUUCAUACUUUAGUCUAUACUUUUGUAGAAAAAAUUGUACUGCCAGCUGUACGAAUAAAACUUUCGUGGUAAAACAGCUAAAUAGUU